GGGGUGAUGCCGGAGCCUCGUUCCUAAGCUGCUCGCCUGGUGGCUGACUUGGCUCCCGAGAGGGGGGGAUGGGGGGAAGCGAGAGACGGAGAUGGCAGCGGGCCGACGUGAGGGCGACUGUGUGGGGUGUGUGUGAAAUCUGUCGGCGGAAGGAGGCGAGGAAGGCCGCGGAGCUGGAGGAAUCGAGAGCCGGCGCGCAGGCAAGGCGAGGCGGGGAAGGGCAGGACGGGAACGGCGCCUGAGAUCAGCGGAGAGCGGCUGCUGAAGUGGGGGAUCCACCGCUGGCCUCCGGGCCCGAGUGGCGGCUCGGUGUUGGCGCAGUGAGGGAGGCAGAGGGAAGCGGCGCCGGCGGGCGCUUCAAACAAGCGAUCCAAUAAAUAUUACUCCACGGCCUGGCACCGACAGCGGGAGGAGGCGGGGAGGCUGCAAAAAAAUAACCAUAACCCCAGUAGUUGCGGCAGCGAAGGCCCGGAUCCCCCGAACCGCCUUCCACAGGAUGAACUCGGUCAGGGCAGCCAACAGGCGACCGAGGCGAGUAUCGAGGCCGCGCCCCGUGCAGGAGAGAAACAACGCCGCGGAUGAGGAUGUCCCUGCAGACAUGAUUGUGGAAGAAUCAGGACCUGGUGCACAAAACAGCCCAUACCAGCUGCGGAGAAAGUCUCUAUUGUCUAAAAGAACAGCUUAUCCUACAAAAAAUAAUAUGGAGGGUGCUUCCACUUCAACCUCAGAUAAUUUUGGUCAUAGAGCAAAGCGGGCAAGGGUGUCAGGAAAGUUACAGGAUCUUCCAGCAUCGCCAGCAGAACAAUAUCUUCAAGUAAAAUUACCAGAUGAGGUGGUUAUGAAGAUCUUUUCAUACCUUCUUGAACAGGACCUUUGUAGAGCAGCUUGUGUGUGUAAACGCUUUAGUGAACUAGCUAAUGAUCCAAUUUUGUGGAAACGAUUAUAUAUGGAGGUGUUUGAGUACACCCGGCCAAUGAUGCAUCCAGAGCCAGGCAAAUUUUAUCAAAUUAAUCCUGAAGAAUGUGAACAUCCAAAUCCAUGGAAAGAGAGCUUUCAGCAGUUGUACAAAGGAGCUCAUGUAAAGCCUGGAUUUGCAGAACACUUUUACAGUAGCCCUGCAAGGUAUAAAGGAAGAGAAAAUAUGUUGUAUUAUGAUACAAUUGAAGAUGCCUUGGGAGGUGUUCAGGAAGCUCACUUUGAUGGCCUUAUCUUUGUACACUCCGGUACAUACACUGAUGAGUGGAUCUAUAUCGAAUCCCCUAUAACUAUGAUUGGUGCAGCACCAGGCAAAGUUGCUGAUAAGGUCAUCAUUGAAAACACUAGGGAUUCCACCUUUGUAUUUAUGGAAGGUUCUGAGGAUGCCUAUGUUGGAUAUAUGACAAUUAGGUUUAAUCCUGAUGAUAAAUCAGCACAGCACCAUAAUGCACACCACUGUUUGGAGAUCACAGUGAAUUGCAGUCCAAUAAUAGAUCACUGCAUCAUUCGCAGUACUUGCACAGUUGGCUCUGCUGUGUGUGUCAGUGGCCAGGGAGCAUCUCCAACUAUCAAGCACUGCAACAUUAGUGAUUGUGAAAACGUUGGGUUAUAUAUAACAGAUCAUGCACAGGGAAUUUAUGAGGACAAUGAAAUUUCAAACAAUGCUCUUGCUGGAAUCUGGGUAAAAAACCAUGGAAAUCCUAUCAUCAGGAGAAAUCAAAUUCACCAUGGGCGUGAUGUUGGGGUCUUCACAUUUGAUCAUGGCAUGGGUUACUUUGAAAGCUGUAACAUUCAUCGUAAUCGAAUAGCUGGUUUUGAGGUGAAAGCCUAUGCUAAUCCCACAGUGGUUAAAUGUGAAAUUCAUCAUGGCCAAACAGGAGGAAUUUAUGUACAUGAGAAAGGACGUGGCCAGUUCUUAGAGAAUAAAAUCUAUGCAAAUAAUUUUGCCGGUGUAUGGAUUACAUCAAACAGUGAUCCGACAAUUAGGGGAAAUGCUAUUUUUAAUGGAAAUCAGGGUGGGGUUUACAUCUUUGGAGAUGGCAGAGGCCUUAUAGAGGCAAAUGACAUCUAUGGAAAUGCAUUAGCUGGAAUACAGAUUCGAACAAAUAGUUGUCCAAUUGUCCGUCAAAAUAAAAUUCACGAUGGCCAACAUGGAGGUAUUUAUGUGCACGAAAAAGGGCAAGGUGUAAUUGAAGAAAAUGAAGUGUACAGUAAUACCCUGGCAGGUGUGUGGGUAACAACAGGAAGUACACCAGUGCUACGGCGAAACAGAAUACACAGUGGCAAACAGGUGGGUGUUUACUUCUAUGACAAUGGCCAUGGAGUGCUUGAAGAUAAUGAUAUCUACAAUCAUAUGUACUCAGGGGUUCAGAUCAGAACUGGAAGCAACCCUAAGAUUCGACGCAACAAAAUCUGGGGAGGUCAGAAUGGUGGCAUUCUUGUAUACAAUUCUGGUCUUGGGUUUAUAGAAGAUAAUGAAAUAUUUGACAAUGCAAUGGCCGGUGUUUGGAUUAAAACAGACAGUAAUCCCACACUCAGACGGAACAAAAUCCAUGAUGGCCGAGACGGGGGUAUCUGCAUAUUUAACGGAGGCAGGGGACUUCUUGAAGAAAAUGAUAUCUUCAGGAAUGCUCAAGCUGGUGUCCUUAUUAGCACAAACAGCCAUCCUGUGUUACGGAAGAACAGGAUAUUCGAUGGAUUUGCAGCAGGUAUUGAAAUAACAAAUCAUGCUACAGCUACUCUAGAAAACAAUCAGAUUUUUAACAACCGGUUUGGAGGGUUGUUUCUGGCAUCUGGUGUAAACGUUUCAAUGAAAGAUAACAAAAUAAUGAAUAAUCAAGAUGCCAUUGAGAAGGCUGUUAAUAGGGGCCAGUGCUUGUACAAGAUAUCCAGUUACACCAGCUAUCCCAUGCACGAUUUUUACAGGUGUCAUACCUGUAAUACAACAGACCGAAAUGCAAUCUGUGUAAAUUGCAUUAAAAAGUGCCAUCAAGGACAUGAUGUGGAAUUCAUUAGACAUGAUAGAUUUUUCUGUGAUUGUGGUGCUGGAACACUUUCAAAUCCUUGCACAUUAGCUGGAGAACCCACGCAUGAUACAGACACUUUGUAUGACUCUGCGCCACCAAUAGAAUCCAAUACAUUGCAACACAACUGAGUUUGUGUAUCCUGCCAUUCUAAUCAAAUGCAACUCCAUUUGUACAAAAACACUCUGGGGGAGAAAUAUCAUUUGCUCAGAUCUUCAGGAAGAAUGUGUCAUAAUUUGUACAGCAGUCAUGCAUGUGUGGAUGACACUGGAGCCCAGUCUGGUGUUCUGGCAGUGAAAGGAAAGGAGCAAUCUGCUAACUCAGGAUUAAGAGAAGGCUGGGUAUAAAUAGCAUUACAGACUAAACAGCAGUGCACUAUCCAAGGGACAAAAGGCUAACACUGGUUUUUGUACCCUAAAUGCCAUCUUGUGCAACUGCAUUGUGAUAAUGCAGGAAAACUGUUCUGUUGGACACAAUAUACAGGAGUAUGCUACAGCACCUAUGGCAAAGGGUACUUGAUUGGGUUGGUGUAUGUAUGGAAUUGUGAUCUAGCACUUCUAUGUUUUUGAUUUUUUAAAAAAAUAUUCAACUGAGACAACUGAUUUUAAUGCUCUUCUCAUGUAGCUUUUUUUGUAAGUUCAAGCAAAACAUUGUACUUGAAUGUGUCCUGUUUUGUUAGCAGAACUAGACUUGCUGUAACUAUACUCAUGUCCCAGUAUCUUAAGUUCUUUCUAUGAAAGAGAAAAGAAACACUAAUCAAUUGUAUCCCUGAGCUAUUGAUUAAUUACAGAACAUGGAUAUGUUCUUUUUAAAGUUAUUUCCAUGUCAAACUUAUACUUUUGAGACUGAUGGGGCUCAGCAGAGAAGAAAAAAAAUAAACAUCUGAAAUGGUAUCAGUAUUUUCACCCCAGUUAAAGAAAUUAAAUGUUUCAUUACCAUGUAAAUACUGUUACAAAAAGUAACUUCCAGUGCCAUUUUGGCAAUGCUUCUUUCUGUAAUGAAGCAUUUAAGUAUAUAUGUACAUAUACUCAGUCUCUCCUCAAUAGCUAUUCAUUAUUGCGUAUUGGUGACAGUGGGUAAAAUCAACAGCUUGAAAGUGUAUGCAUGUACCAUAACAUCCUAGACUUAAUAUAUUGUGGAGUAUUCAAUAACCAUUAUGUAGAUGCUAGGUAACAAUAAAAGGGUUUAAUUU